GGAGAGCUGCGCGGCCGCCAUUUUGUGGGAGGGCGCUGGCGAAGGGCAGAGCGUGGCGGUGGCGGGACGGCGGCGGCGGCAGAGGACAAGCAACAAUGGCUGGCCAUGACUCGGGAUCUCAACACCAGUUCACUGGAUUUCAGAAGUACUUCAAUUCCUACACCAUCACAGGCAGGAGGAAUUAUGUAAUAGCAACAUACACAGGCGUUGCAAUGCUCAUCUUGUAUUUCAAGCUUAGACCUAAAAAGAAAACUCCUGCUGUGGCAGACAAGUAAAUGGUUGCUGCCAUGUCUGAACCUCCAAUCUGUGUCAGUGUAAUGCAAGCUGAUGACCUGUUGUGGCUAAUAAAAUCUGAGUAAUUACUUGUUUAAUUAGAAAUAUGAAAUGGUGCAAAAAAGCAUAAAUGUGGCACUUUGGUUUUUUUUCCCUCUGUCAAAAAUAGUUAUUUGUAGUGGAGAUGGAGUAGCUGAUUCCUGUCAUUACUAUCUUAACUCUUCUGCUGUACCUGGCAGUAACCUAGGAAAGACCUCAGCAGCAUGACCAUAACACCAACACAGAGCUUACAGCUGAUCAAAGGAUCUCACACUUCUGCAUCACAGUGGAUAACAGUAAGCUAACGUGGUUUGCAGGUACCUGGUUGCUCCCAUUUUUUGCAUUCCAAGCUAGUAGCUUACAUGGAAACAGUGGCUUCUUCGCUAUUACUAAUAUAGUGCAGAUUACAACUUCUGCCUCCGGUUGUCCAUAUUUGGCAUAGAGCUUGCUUGGUUUUGAUGGAAAACCUCCCAAAGCAGACUGAUCAAAUUAUGGUAUUUGAGUUUUUUCUGUUACUGGCUGCUCUUGCAGAGGUAACUGCCAGAAAGAAAAUGGCUUACUUUGCUGCUGUUAAGCUCUUAUAACUCUACACAUUCAUAAAUAGUGCUUAUUUUUACUGGACAUAGUCUCUUCAUAAAUGAGGUGUUCCUACCACAGUUAGAUAUAUUUAGUGCCCAACACUAAAAUUUGUCUGUCGCAUUCUCCAUGGUGUAUCUCACUUAAAACUGGGUACUUUCCUUAGAUAUCACAUUAGUGCAGACUUUUGAAUAUGAUUAUAUGGCACGUUCUUCUCAGAAGGAUGCCAGCCAGAGGGGCUGAACUUCUGAUGCUAAAGCAUGCAAAUGUGCUUCCCAAACUGACGGCAGCCGGAGGUAGGCAUAGUUGCUUGGAAAAAAGGAGGGCUAAACUACAGGGUCUUUGUGCUCUUGCACUCUAGGUCGUGUAUCUUAAAGCCAUUUGUACACGCUGGACCUUCUGAAUAAAUCUAGUUGUCUUCCUCUCCUGA